AUGUUCUGUGCCAUUUACCGCUAUCUGCGCGAUGAUUGUAACCGCCCUGACGUAAAUUUUAUGGACCAGGGCAACCACGACUUCUUAGGUUUCAGAAAUACACUGGAUGGUGUCAUGAAGACAAUCUCUCACUCUGGUAUUGGUAUCCGGAAAAAACAAGCCGAGCCAUUUUCGCUAAAUGAUGAAGAAAAGCUAUGGGCACACGUGUUUGGUACAAAUACCGCAUUAGGCAUGAGUUAUGCAACCUACUUUUACAUGUGUAAAAUAUUUGGACUGCGUGCCGCUGAUGAACAUUCAACACUAACGGUAGACCAACUCACCAUGCACAGCGACGAUAUGGGGAGUACAUGCGGGCCAUUCUAUGGAAGACCACUGAAGUCAAAGAAUGGCGAAAUAAAGUUCUCUGCACAAAAGCUUGGUGUUCAUACAUUGCAAGGAUACAGUAAGCAGAUGACUGAUCUCGCUGGGGUAAAAGGUUAUCAUACUGGGCAUUCAGGAAAGGCAACCACGCUGUUCCGGCAAAAUUUCUACGAGCAGCUAAUAGCAGAAAGAACGGGUCACUCCAGUCUAGCAAUUAGAAGCUACGAGCAGACGAAAGCGGUGUCGGACGCAUUGCAGCCACCCAAACCGAAAACGGCGAAAGAAGCGAAAACGCACGACAUAUCAACCACCCCAACAGACGAGGACAAAUCUAAUACCACUGUCAUAACCGAUUCGUCCCAAGUGUCCGUGAAUUUUAUAUUGAUUGAGAUGGGCUCCUUUUUAAAACAGAUUAUGUGGGUUAAACAGUUUGUUUCUGAAAGUCGAGCCGGAUGGAAGGAUAUGUUAAAGUACUGA